AGAAAGGAGUCAGAGGAGAGGAUCGGGUGAGACAAGGUGGCGAGGAGUGAAAGGGAGGAAAAGGGGAGCAGAGGGGCGUGUGGACCAAAGAGAACGAAUACAAAAAAAAAGAGCUAGCGGAGGAUGAGCAUGUCUAUUUAAAGGGAUCUGAAACUGCACAGGUCUGCUGUCUUUCUGUUCCUGACUGACGGCAUCAUUGAAUUUGGACCCGAGAGUCUGUCUCCCCCCUUUUCUCUCAGUGCUGAUCACUAGGCUGUUUUUUGCUCUCAGGUGUGAAGUGGAGGGCCUUCUAAAUACAGACCAAGACUGGCUGCAUGUAUCACCCAGCAGAGCUGUACUCUGGCCGUAACGCAUGGGACUCCUAUCCAGCUGGAGGACCUAACAGGGGACAAUGGGCUCCUGUAAACAGUCGCCUCUGGAGCCACACAAACAGAUGCCAAGAAGGGCGCAAUCAAUCACACCAUCCACUAUCAAAUCGUCUUUAUAAUAGGGGGGAGAGAGCAGUUAACCAUGUUCAGGACAAGGGUAUCGCAAAGGGGCACAGACAGCAUCUGCGUCUUUGGGAUGGUAAAGAGCAGCUGUUUGAGGCCCAGAGCUGGCAUCACAACUCCACACGUUCAUUCCACAACCGAGCUGCCACCAACAAUGGUUACCUGACAGGACCUGGGGAGCGCUACACAACCUGGGACAACAGUGUCAGCAACUCUGUGCAUGGUCCUCGCCUACAUCGCAACAACAGAGAGCUCCAGUCCCCACCGGAGAGAUGGGCCCCCUCAGACUGCCGCAGGAGCUUUCCAGACAGAAUGAUAAACAACAGGCCAGGACCCUGGAAACGGCCAGCCCUCCAUCAGCGGCGAGACCAAUUACACCAGCACAGUCCACCCCCACAGCACCCUUUAUCCCCCAGAGAAGAGUGUCCUGCUAAGAGGAGAAGGGAGUCUGGCCCUGAUCAGCCAUCUCAUCCUGGAUCAAGGCAUUUACCUUUACUUGCCCAUGCCCCAUCACCACCUCGCCACCACCGCGGCAACCAAGAUGACUGGAGGCCUCUUAAUGACAGGGCGGGUCCUUGCCACCACUCUGACCACAGGACCUCAACAACACAGCAACAGGAAACCUCUAAACUGCGAGCUGGAGGACAUGGCUUCAGUAACACCAACCUAGCAGUUUUAAACCAGAGUUGUGGCAGCAGACCGCCACAUCACGGAAGCAGAGGGAAGGUCGAGCGGAAAAUCUCGUCUUCACCAGCAGACCACACCCGUGUGCCUUACAGCCACCAAAACCAUCAUUACCACUAUCAGCGGCACACAGGCCACCUCAGAGCCCUACAGCACAACCCACCACUACAUCCUCUAGAGGACAAAGACUCACGGAGCCAUCACCACAAACAAAGCACAGAACCUCAACGCACUCAUCAAAGAGGCAAUUCAAGGGAUCCAGUCCUCUCCAAUUCGUCUGGUGCAGACUCUCCUCCUUAUCCAUCCCUCCUCUGCAGUACAAAAGAUGGAGGUUCCACUGCCAGCAGUCCACGUGCUCCUUCCAGCCCCUCUUCAUUCACAGUAGCCAGUGGAAGAAAAGAUUCAUCAGUUGUUCAUCAGUCUAGUCCUGGCCUCAGUGGACAACCGAAACUCCAGGGAAGUCCCAUUCACACCCCAAGACCCAGCCUGACAUCCACCAUGUCUCUUACAUCUCACAAUGGUCCUAAAUCUAGAUUUUCAGACAUCAAGUACAGAAAGACCUCACAGCCCCUCUGCUCACGACAGUUCCCCCACAGCAAAUCAAGAGCAAACAAGCCAGAGAAGGAGAUGGAAGAACACAAAAAAUCUGAGUACAAACAAAAAGAUAAGAUGGGGAAAAAGGAGAGAAAAGGAGAAGUUCAAAAGACAAACAGAAAAACUGAAGAAAGAAAAAGGCGGAAGAAAAAAGAGGAGAAAAGGUUGGGUGACAGAAAAAAGAAAAGAGAUAAAGCAAUUAAAAAAGAAAGAAAGUUAGGCUUGAAAAUCACAAAAAAGGAAACACUCUCCUCCACCUCUGCUUCCAACUUUUCAGGAGAGAUCAAAACAAAUAAAAUGGAGACUACAGCUCUGACCCCGGAGAAUCAAAGCCAGUCAACACCCAAACACAAGCACAGGGCAAGGACUGAACGAUCAGAGGGGACACACAGGCCUUCUACAAACACUCUUCAUCCCAGCUGCUCUUCGUCACAGCCAUCCUCAAAAUUUGAAAAUCACAGAUUGUCCAAAAAGAACAGCAGUUCCCAGGAACUCCAUGUCAAGAAUCCCCUAAUGCAGUCCAGGAACACCAACCUUAGCCAGACCAGCAAGAAGCCCAACAUUGUCUCAUCCCAGUCAGAAGAUGGACCAAAAGAAAAGCCUGAUGAUACCCUCCCUUCACUUUUAUUUAAAGCCUUAGCACCACUUAGUACAGCAUGUUCUGUUAGCUUAGAGCACUUAGAGCAGGCUGUCCAUGGCAAAGAUGGUGGGCAAGGAGGUGUUCUCAAUGCCCCAGAUCUCCAGCCUGUGGCUGUGAUGGGAAAUUUGAGGGAAAUGGGGGACAACCUUGCAAACACCCCUCCUGUCCUGAGCUGGCAGGGCUCUCCAGUUUCUGUUCUGGGGGAGGAUGAGGAAGAGCUAGAAAAGGGAGUGAUAAGUAGACCUGUCCUCCAGCCCAGCCCCACCCAGUGCUUUUCUCCUCCCCCUGUAGACAAUGAGAGCGUUGAUGAUGUGAAUAAGGAGCCUUGUAAAAGUAAACUCGCUGAUUAUUCCCACAGUGACAGGCCUGAAUUCUCUGACUUGCCUUGUACAACUGAACAAGCUGCCGAGGAAGAAAAAGAAGAAGACGUGGAUAACAGCGGGGAAGCUUCUGGCUUGCUUCUUCACGAUCUCCACCACCAUAAAGCUGGAUUGGAUGAUGUCUUCAAGAGCCUGGCCACCUUUCUUGGAAGCCAGAGGGUCGCUUGUCGAGGCGGGCCAUUUGGCGGGCCUCCUGCUAGCACUGCAGGAGGUGUGAAGUACUCCUCUUCUCUUGCAUUUGGGGCAGAGAUUCACCAUCAUGAGCAUGAAGAUUUCUCCCCCGAAUCUGACCCCACAGCAUCCUCCAAACCCAGUAAUCAAUCACCAAUUCAUACUACCUCAGACACACUUUUGAAAUCCCACAGUCCAGCAGAUCUGAGUGAGCCUGUUGAAAACGCCCUGGUGCAGGAGAAGCAGGAAGAGUCUGAGAAGGAUAUAAAAGUGAAACAAGAGGGUAAGGAUACAGAAAUCUGCCCUGAGAGAACUGAGUCAUCUCUUUUGGAUGGAUCACUGAGUGCAGAGCUGAGACUGACCACCACAAAUACAACGUCUUUCACCGGCCUCCUCUCUGUUUCCAGCAAGGAGGAGAGUGAACACAGCAAAGAGACAGAAAGCAGACAUGCAGACAGUAAAAGAAAACAAAAGGAUCAGGAUGGCGGAAGAGAUGGAGAGAUCAAGAUUAAGAUAAAGACAGAAGAAAGCAGUGUCAUCUGUCCUAAAAACAAAGUAAAUGUAAUAAAGGAGCUGGAAGAAAGGGAUGUUUCAUGCUUAGAGCCAGUCAUCUCUAGAAGUUCACCCAGACCCCUGAAAGAUAGUAUGAAGGACCAGAUUUCUCAGGAAAAUCAAACCCCACAUGGCAAGGACAUCCAGAAAGAAAAGGUGGACACUGGGAACACCGAGGUAAAGGUAGCAACAGAAAAGAAGGAAGUGGUCACUGAGUUAGAAAAUAACAUAUCCUCAGCAGCUAGAAACACAGAUACCAAGACUUCAAACUCAGUCAAUGCAUCCAAACUGUGUGUCUCCACACCAGCAAGUAAACCUCCCUGCUCAUUAGCUCCAGUCGAUCCGCUGAAACUGAAAGCAUUGUCCAUGGGCUUGUGUAAGGAGCUGAAGAUCCUCUUGAUUAAAGUGGAGAGUGCUGGAAGACAAACAUUCAACAUAUCAGAGGUGGAGGAGCCAAGAAUCCCACUUUCCAAGAUCAACAUCAAACACACGGCAACUGAAGUGAUCAGAGCUUGCAAGGGGACAAGGGUGAAGGGGAAAUUCAAGGAGUCGUACCUGCUUCCCGCUUUCUCUGUUAAACCUAACAUUGCAAUCAAAACCCUGAUUCCUCGAGAAAAGCUUAAUCCCCCUACACCAAGUAUCUACUUGGAGAGCAAGAGGGACGCCUUCUCUCCAGUCCUGCUUCAGUUCUGCACUGAUCCCAAAAAUGCUGUUACUGUCAUCAGAGGCCUUGCUGGCUCCCUCCGCCUAAACCUUGGUCUGUUCUCCACCAAAUCUCUGGUGGAGGCCAAUGCGGACCAUGCAGUGGAAGUGAGGACUCAGGUUCAGCAGCCCGCUGAUGAGAACUGGGAUCCCAGUGGCUCGGCACAGACGUGGCCCUGCGAAAGCAGCCGCUCACACACCACCAUUGCCAAAUACGCCCAGUACCAGGCCUCCAGCUUCCAGGAGAGCCUGCAGGAGGAGAAGGACAGUGAGAAUGAAGAGGAAGGAGAGGAAACCAAGACCUCAGAUCCAUCAGCCAUCACAAAAGCUGGUCUGACGUUAGCCAACAGUAAAGGCAGUCCUGCCUCAGCUACCAUUAAAGCUCCUGUCUUCAGUAAAGCCCACUCAGUUCAUUCCACCAGCACAUCCAGCUCAGAGCAGAAAACAGUCGGAAAGAUCAUUAAAUUCGGGACCAACAUUGAUCUCUCAGACCCUAAAAGGUGGAAGCCUCAGCUGCAGGAGCUGCUGAAGCUGCCAGCUUUCAUGCGAGUGGAAUCCAGCAACAACAUGCUCAGUCAUGUCGGUCACACCAUCCUGGGCAUGAACACUGUCCAGCUCUACAUGAAGGUGCCAGGCAGCCGCACGCCAGGUCACCAGGAGAACAACAAUUUCUGCUCUGUCAAUAUCAAUAUCGGACCCGGUGACUGUGAGUGGUUUGCUGUCCAUGAGCACUACUGGGAAGACAUCAACAAAUUCUGUGAGAAGCAUGGAGUGGACUACCUUACGGGGUCCUGGUGGCCGGUCCUGGAAGACCUCUACAGCUCCAACAUUCCCGUGUACCGCUUCAUUCAGAGGCCGGGCGAUCUGGUGUGGAUUAACGCAGGAACUGUGCACUGGGUCCAGGCAGUGGGCUGGUGCAACAACAUCGCCUGGAAUGUGGGACCACUCAACUCGUACCAAUAUCAACUCGCCCUGGAGCGCUUUGAGUGGAACGAGGUGAAGAAGGUUAAGUCAAUUGUUCCCAUGAUCCAUGUUUCCUGGAAUGUGGCUCGCACGAUCAAGAUCACCGAUCAGGAUACCUUCAAGAUGAUCAAACACUGCCUGAUGCAGUCCAUCAAGCACAUCCAGAUUCUGAGAGACCAGCUGGUGGCUGCGGGGAAGAAGAUCUGUUACCAGAGUCGCGUGAAGGACGAGCCAGCCUACUACUGCAAUGAGUGUGAUGUGGAGGUGUUUGACCUGCUGUUUGUGACCAGUGAGAACAGCAGUAAGAAGACCUACGUGGUGCACUGUGAGGACUGUGCCCGAGCUAAGAGCCCGUCUCUGGCAGGAGUAGUGGUGCUGGAACAGUAUCGAAUAGAGGAGCUGAUGAGAACCUACGACAGCUUCAUGCUGGCUCCAUCACCCUUUUCAAAGUGAGGACUCCUCCCCUGUGUCUUUCAGCCAUAACCAAAACUCUAAUGGCAGCACAAUUGUUGUCUUCAAGGCAAUCUAUUCCUGCAAACACUUUCUGAAUCAGCCAAUCACGUUUACUCAGUAUUGUUUACAUCACCCAAUAAGGUAUGGAUACUCAGCCAAUCCAACUAUAGCUCACUGUCUUCCCCAUACCAGCUGCUGAUUGGACGUGUGUUUUGAAAUAGAAUGACUAGACUGGUACUUCUCAUGAAAAGCAUUUCAGACAUGUACAAACAAACUAACAAAAAAAAAGAACAAAAAAUAGAAAAAAAAUAAAAUAAAAAAAAAUGUGAGCACUGCUAGCACUGAAAAUCAGGUUGUAUUUUCAACGGACACUGCUGUGAUUCAAAAGCGUCAAGUAGCCAGUUCUGUGUAUUAAUUCAGGUACUUUUAUGCAAAUUCAGUAGAACUUUUUUACACCAAUCUAGUUAUUCUAUAUGUCCAUGAAUUUGCUGUGAUUCUAUUGUACCAGCAGGGGAAUUGCUUCACAGGAGAAGUAGCUGAUUGUCACAUUUGGCAUCAUAUUGGUUCCUGUUUUUGUUUGGCAUUCAGGUAAACUCUGACAUUUGUAACUCCUGUCUGUAAACUCUUUGAGGUGCUAUUCCAAUUUUAUUUAUUCUCGUUAGAUACUUAAAAAGUUUUACCAGCCUAGAAGUACACCACAUUGGCCUUGUGAACUGUAUUUAGAGGAGAGAUAAUUAGAAGAUUAAACACACACAAAUAAGGUUUUAUGUAAGUAUAAAAAAAGAAAACAAAAAAAAAAAGCGAAUCAAAAACUUUUAUCAGUUUCUCUAAAAUACGGGUUUACUAGAGGACUAAUAUGGUUUCAUUCUUAGUUGGAAAUCAAGUAUGUAGUUGGAAAAUUAGCUUUUUUUAUUUGUUUUUUUUUUCACAAGUCCAGCUAAAUAGUUGUUGGUGUGGUUACGAUGAUACACCCAGAAAACAGACAUAAUGUCAUUUUUAUUUUUGAAAUGGGAAAACAAUCUCAGUUUUAUACCUCUUUUGUUGCUAUGUUCUUGUUUGUAGAUGACAGAGAAAAUAAAUAAUUGUAAAUUGUGAAUGAAUUUAUGGGAUACGCAGUGGUGUGCAUAGACGGGGUAUGAGGAGGGGAGGGGUCACUAGGGUUGUUUGUGUCAGUGAAGUGCCCGUUGCAGUCUGCAAAAAGUAAAAUGUCCAAAGAGACACACAAUCAUAAUCUUCUAAUGCAAACAGCCAACGAGGGCAAACAGAUGAUCAGACUGCAGGGCACCUCAGUGUCUCCAUUCUGCCCCAAACAUCCGUCUAUGAGGCUCAGCAGCUCCGUGCACUGCCACCAGGUUUAUUAUGAUGUGUUUCCAGUUUAACAUGUUGAAAAGCACAUGAACUGAGACAUGACAGAGAAAAGCCCAGUUUCAUCAACAUUUAGACAGCUCUCUAAAAGAAAAGCUCUCAUUUUGUUGAUGCUAUACAUUGAUGCUGAUGCUACGCAUUACAUACGCUCUUUUCAUUAUGCUGUAUUUUGCAUUGCUUAUUUUUAGUUACAAUGUUAUAACAAAGAAAUAUGCCAACCAAUAAUAAUUUCAGUUUCCAUAAAUACAAAACAUAAGCAAAUAACAUUAAUAAGGAUCUUGUAGAAUUGUUUUCAGAAGAAUUGUGAGCAGCACACGUACAAAGAGAGACAUUUCACAGCUGAAAAACCAACUGGUCUUUGUUGCUUAUUGUCCAAAAUACUCGCUGACACCUGCAAUAAGCUAAUAUCAGCGGAGUCAAUGGUCUAGCUCCACUUCAAAGUACGUUGAAAAGUGUUGAUUCCGACAUAAAAUUUUGUUAUCACGUAUCACACUGGGCUGUGUUCACAGAUCAGGCCUUUUUAAAAAUUGUUUAAAUGGAUGAAUAAAAUCCCCACAAAUUUUCAAGAUCUUACCCCUUCCCUCAUUAGUCUGUGCACACCGGUUCAUGUACAUAAUGUAUCUGUUUUCAGGUUUACUAGAAGACCUAUGUAGUUUUGUUCUCAAUCAAAAAUCAAAUUUGUAUAUGGUCAAAUUUGUCCACCUCAGUCGUUUGUUUUUGUUGUUGCUAUAUUAUAACACACCCUGGAAAAUAUCCUGUUUCACUCUAGUUUAAAUUACUGCAAUGGGAAUUUCUUCCCACUUUUAUACCUCUUUUUGUUGUCAGUUUCUGAUUUUUGAAUUACAGAGAAAAUGGAAAAUUGUAAAUUGUGACAUUAUUUAUACUGUACAUGGUUGUUUUCUUAUAUAUUUAUUGCAUUUCAAAGGGUACUUCACUUGAUAAGGGGCUACAAGGUAUUUAAAAAAUGUAGUAUGAUCAUAAUGUGUGGAUAGGGGAAGUGCAAUCAGGGGGGCGGUUUAAUUUCCAUGGUGCUAGACCCCUCCUUGCAUCAAUGCCCCCUCAUUAAACAGCAUAUAAUGAUGUAUGAACAUAAAUAACUGAUACAGCUCAAACCAACCAGUUGGUGCUUAGAACCAUUUCAACACAGUUUACUGGUAACAGAAAUGGAAUGAUGUCUUUGUACUGUAUCGAACAGAUAAAUAAAAGAUUUUUUUUUUUUUUUUAACUUUAUUUCCAUUGUAUGAAAUUCAUAAUCUUGUGAGGCAUUAGUGGUUUUAUGAUGAGCAUUAGCAGUAGUUGUAAUUCUUUUGCAGAGACUUCUAGGGACGUGACUUCGGGGUUUUGUUUUGGGUUUUUUUAUGUCUUGUCCUCAUUAUUAAUAUUAUUUGAAGGAUGUAAUACUGCUCUUUUUCCUCUUGACUUGUUUGAUUCAUGCUGCACUUAUUGUUUCAAAAAGAACUCACAUAGAAGAAAACCUGAGCCAGACCUGUCUUAAAUCCCUCUGUGAUUUUUUUGUGACAUAUUGUAUUGUUGUUCAAGAAAAUAAAAAUGUUUUGAUAAAUUAUU